AUGAAUCAGCAGCAGCGGCGGCGUGCACAGGCCAAGCAGGCCGAGGAGGCCAAGCACGUCGAGCAGGCCAAGAAAGUAGAGCAGGCCAAGACAGUCGAGCAGGCCAAGAACGUCGAGCAGGUCAAGGACGCCAAGCAGGCCGAGCAGGCCAAGAACGUUGAACAGACCAAGCAAGUCGAACAGGCCAAGCCAGUCGAGCAAGCCAAAGUAGUAGAGCAGGCCAACGCGCGGCGACACCACGACGACAUGAGGGAGAAGGAUGGCGACGCGGCCGGCGCGGCCGGCGCGGCCAGGGCGCCGCCGAGCCUCGCCUCCUUCAAGGUGUUCCUCUUCUUCUUCUUCGCGGGUAUCGGCGCGCUGGUCCCCUUCCUGCCGCUGCACAUGCGCGCCGCCGGGCUGACCGCUCGCGAGGCCCGCGUCGUGUCCGCAGCCGCGCCGCUCACCGGCCUGCUGGGCCCCUUGGUGGCGGCCGCGCUGCUGCACCGACGCCGCCGCGCGCGCGCCGACGACGAGGAGAGCAAGAAGAAGAAGAGGAAAGACGCGGCGGAGGACGCGGCGCCGCUCACGGCCCCGGACAAGCCGCCGCGCGAUGAGGAGGCAGAGGCCGCCGACGAGGCCAGGAAGGUGCGCUUCCUCCUCGCCUUCACCGUCCUGGGCGCCGCCGUGUGCUACAGCGCGCUGCUGCUGCUGCCGUCAGUCACCUGGUUUCCGGCGAGGAGGCCGUCGGUGAGCUUCAGCUGCAACGGCAGUGGCGCGGCCGUGCUGCAGGAGCGCUGCAUGGAGCCCGCCUGCUACCGCUGGCCACAACAACAGGUGGGCCCGCUGUACCUGACCCACUGCGAGUACGAGUGCCCCGACUCUCUGACGGCGGGCAGCGGACGCCAGCGAACCAGGACCCGCGGGUCCGCCGCCGCGUCCGUGGCCGCCGACGCCGACGACCGCCUGCCGCGGCUGCGCACCAUGCCCGUCGAGCCCCCGCACAUCUGCGGCCCGGACGGCCCGGGCGGCGCCUCGCCCUCGUCGCGGACGUGCCACGUGUUCACCGUCAACGACUCGGGCAUCACCAUCAAGGCCUCCCUGCAGCACGCCACCAACCCCGACGCGGACCAGAGCCAGUGGUGCCACUACCCCAUCGCCGAGUCGUUCUCCUGCGCACUGCCCUCCCCGCUGACGCCGGCCUGCCGCGUGCUGUGCGACAUCGAGCACCCCUACACGGCGGAGGGGUCGGUGCUGGCACAGAGCCAGUGCCAGGUGCUGGUGGGCGACCCGGUGUUCACCUUCUGGAGCUACCUGGGCGUGCGCUGCCUGGCCGACGCCUUCCCGACCGCCGCGCUGGCCAUGGUGGACACGGCUCUGGUGGUGGCGACGCGGGAGCGCGCCGGGCUGCCGCGCCGCGAGAAGGCCGACCUGGGCCGGCAGAUGGCCGUCGGGCUGCUCGGCACCGCCAUCGCCGCGCCGCUCGCCGGCUACCUCAGCCCCUACCCCACGGCCGACCCCAACGUGCCCGCCGGCUGGCCGCCCUACGGCGUGCCCAUCCUCGCCUUCACCGCCUGCAUGAUCCUCGGCGCCGCCGUCCUCAUGUGCUCGCCGUCCAUGCCGCUGGGCGCGCCGGCGAGCUGGUGGGAGGCGGUGCGGCCCGCGGGCAAGUCGCCGCGCAAGUCGAGCUGCGAGGCGGCCGCGCUCUUCCUGGUGCUGGCCAUGCUGGGCGCCUUCUGCUCCGCCAUCGACUCGUACCUGCCCUGGCACGUGAGCGGCCUGCAGCGCGAGGGUCUUGGCCUCGAGCAGGACGACGUGCAGGGCCCGGCGGCCUGGGGCGCCACCCCGGAGCUGCUGGUGGGCCUCAACGUGCUGGCCGGCGUGCUGCCCGCCGUGCCGCUGCUGUGGCGCUCCGAGAGCCUCAUCCGCUACUGCGGCUCGUCCAACCUGCUCAUCACCGCCUUCACCUUCUACAUCAUCCGCUACGCCGGCCUGUCCCUGAUGUGGAGCCCCUGGUGGAUCCCGCUGCUGGAAGCCACCGAGGUGUUCACGCUCAGCAUCAUGUGGACCACGGCCGUGCUGGCGUUCGGCGCGCUGGUGCCGCGCCGCCUGCUGGCCGUGGCGCAGGCCGUGUGCGUGGCGGCGCACUUCGGCGUGGGCCGGUCGCUGGGCGCGCUGCUGGGCGGACUGCUGUCGCGCGACGCGCUGCCGCCCGACGACGAGCAGGACACGGCGCCGCCGGACGACCCCCAGCUGCAGCAGCUGCGGCCCCUGUACGCCGCGGGGGCCGGCGCCGCGGCCGUCGUCGCCGUGCUCUACUUCGUGCUGUACCACUGCUGCCUCCAGGGCGGCGACCCCGGCAAGGCCAGGAAGAAACGCAAGGCGCUGCUCGCCGACCGCUCCGUGCUGGCCGGACACAAUGUGAAUGGAUCGUACACACCCCUCCGGGUGUACCACAACGGACACGGUCGCGGCCAGGGCGCGGCCUCCACGGCGUCCGCGGACGACGCCGGGCUGUGAGCUGUGACGGUGUGCGGGGCCACGCGGGGCCAGGCGGAGCCGUGCGGAGCGGCGUGGCAUGUCGAGUGCAAAGCCGUGUGGGUUCGCCCGGGUUGCCGCUGCCGGCGUGCUGCCGGCGUUGCGCCCAUGCUGCCACUCCACUGGCUGACCUAGAAAGCUGCCGCGAGUAUAGUGCACACGAGUGCACACGCCCCGGGCCAGGCCGGGCCAGGCCUUGGACGAGUCAGGGACAGACGCGAGAAGUUUUGGCAGCUUGUUAUUAGCUUUUUGUUCGCCGCGAUGUUUGCCAUUUGCCAUGAGGUGCAAAAGGACGCCGUGGGACUGUUUACGCAAGCUUCGAAACAUGUGGUGCGCCGGUUUGGCGCAAAUUGUUUGAAAAGUUUUUCCUUCAAAACGCAAUGACGGAUUGCGCGCUCUCCGCAUGCGCUCUUGCUUUUCCCUCGCUGUCCCGGACUUUAUCUCUACUUACUUUGCUCCUUGCUUAAGUUAGGAAGUCAAUAGUGAAAAACCUGAAGCCAAAGCGGAACUAUUAAAGAGGUUUUUAAGAGAGACGCAUUGUUAAUAAGUUGUCCAAGUUUUUUUUUAUUAGGAUGAUGAUUUUAAUAGCAGGGUAGGGAAUAACAAAUACCUUAACUAUGUACAUUUUGUCGAUUUCUGUGCUCAGUGAGAGGCAUGAUCUACGUUGCUAGAACAUGAGAAUAAAUCUGCCUGCAUGUAUAAACUACAAAACAAGAAAUAUCAACUAAUGAGACUGUACAAAUAUAAAUAUUGCUUAACAUUUGAAGGUGUGUACAAAAUUUCACUUGUACUCUAGUUUUAUUGCUAGUCAAGCCGCUUGCCAUCGUACAACGUGACCUAGGACAGUGAGCCACACAAAGUUGUGUUCAUAAAUACGUUCGUCAUAAACGAUUUAGAGCUGUGUAUCGACGUGAUGGGGUCGACAGUAGUGAACCAUGUGACUGCCUUUAAUAAUAAAAUGUGACAUAGUAUCUC